UCAUAUCAGAAACAGGUUUCAAAUACGUACUAUGUCAAUAUGUACAAGGCUAAGUCCUUUUACUCUCUAUGUUUAUCUGUCGCUUUCACAUAUAUAGUUUUCAAAAACUAUAAUGGAAUGAAAAUGAUAAAAGACUCAGCAAAAGAAAACCACGAAUUUGGAAAUAUCAGUCAGUACAUCAAAAUUGGGAAUGGAAGACGUUUUGAAUUUGCUAAAAUCAUCAUCAUAAUAGCAUAUGGUAGAUCUGGAUCGACAUUUACGGGCUCAAUAUUUCGAGAAAUUACUGGUGCAUUUUACCUUUAUGAACCUAAUCGAGCUCUAACUUUACCAUUUACAAAGUAUAGAAACGACAAUGUCACGUUAAGUUAUUUCUAUCGGAAAUCUAGUUUGUUUAGUAUGACAAGACAAACGGAAUACUUGCUAGAUGCAAUUAAUCUCUGGCUUCACUGUAAUUUAAGUUCAUUAUGUAUUCCAAUAUGUGUGGAAAAAAAGUCAACGCCAAAUGCCAAUGGAUGCUGUGGGAAAAAUGGAACUUUUAAAGCUAGUCUACAAGCAGAAGAAAAUUACUGUAAAAAAGCACCUGUAAAAGUUAUGAAAUUUAUUAAAUUGAGGAUGAAAUAUUUAUUACGGUUUUUGCAUGUGUAUCCAAAUUUGAGAGUGGUACAUCUUGUUAGAGAUCCGAGGGGAAUUUUUAAUUCAAGAUGGGUUGAACAAAAACACUCACAUUGGAAACUGAUAGUACAGAGUCAUUGCAGAACAUUAAUAGAAGAUCUAACAUACUCUAAAAAGAUUCUUGUACAAUAUCCUAAUAGGCUGUUCAUUGUUAGCUAUGAGAACCUGGCAAAUGAACCAAUACGAACAACACAAGAAAUGUUUCAAUUUGCAAGCUUAGAGUUUUCAAAAAACAUCAAAAUGUUUUUGGAAAACCAAACACUAUCCAACCGAGAUACUUGUAGACAUUGCACGCAGAGGAAAAAUUCUAGUGCAACUGCAAUAAAAUGGCGAACAGAGCUUGACUCAUAUACAGCACAGUUUAUACAAAGCGCUUGCAGUAUAAGCAAUAAAGUUUUAGGCUAUCUUCCAUUAUCUGGCAAAAGUGAAAUGAACAACUUUUCCAUUCCGUCAAGAAAGGUAGUAGAUAUACAAACGGAACUAUUAUCUAACGAAAACUUGCAAUAAGAACGUUUGAAUUUUGGUAAAGGAAGUGAAAAAAUGUUAAAAAGUAGUCAAUAUAAAGUUGUGGGUUAAGGUUAUACUAAGGGUUUAGAGCACAGGUUACUUGACGGAAUAAAUUACAUGUAUUUGCAAUAAGGGACUUGAUGCAUGAUAUUAAAAGCAAAUUGACACUUUUAAAAAGUUUAAAGGCCUGCGCUACAGUUUCUGUAUAUGAGAAUGGCGAAAUAUUUAUCAAAAACAGAGUUCCUUCAACUUUUGGAUAUUGAAGGACAAUUAUCUAAGAAACAAAUACAUGUAUAUGCAAUCAAAGACAUAAGUCACCAGUACUGAACAUAAAAGAUUACCUACCCUUAUAUACCGUCGAAAACCUUAUUUUGUGAAGUUUUGUAUCAGUUCAAUCGAAUUUUUUACCAGUAUUCUCUCAUGCACCAAUGUACGAAUAGUAAACUGAAUGAUGGCAAAGUUGCUUGCUGUCUGUCAUAUAUUAGCUAAGUUAAAGCCGUACAAAAUACGCCUUUUUGUUGGGUUAAGUUUAAGAUUACCGGAAUGUAAACAGACUCAGUUAAAUCAAAUCUGCUAUUAGUGUACUUGUUUGCCUUCCUUUAAUUUUGUCUAGGUCCAAUAUACAAAUCAGCGGACCUAUAGUAGUUGUCCCUGACAUUAUUCAAAUUUGUAAAAAUGUUGUUUUUUCCUAUGUUGUUUACGUAACAUGUAAAUACGUUCCUUUUUAUGAAUAUGAGUGCAUAAUCCACAGUUUCUUCUACAGUAACUCUAAACAAAGUUAUCCUCAUUUUGCUCAUAUGAAUAUAUUUUUUUUAGAUUUGCGGUUGUCUUUCAUUCUUACUAAAUACGUGUCUGUCUAUAAUUUGUUAGUCAUGUCUUAUUUUG